CAGAAUGCAGCAUGAGUUUUCUCUCUCUAUCCUGUUGGUCUAAGACCAUGACGAUUUCUUUAUUUUGUUAAGAUCAAGACGAUGAUGUCUAAGGGUGUAUUUGUCGUUUUUAUCGUUCAAGCCAUAAUUCCUGAUUCCAGUUCCCUUGGUUGUGACAAACAAGCGCGUUUUGAUACACAUCAAGGUUUUCGAUUGUUGAACAGUGUGGUAGAGAACAUUUCUGUUCCAACAUUACCCGAYUGUAUCUACAAGUGCAUUGAAAAGAAACUCCUCUGCCUGUCAAUCAACUAUCAGCAUGACAAUAGUGACGUCAAUCAGUGUUACCUUAACAACAGGACGAGGCGAACAGCASCAGCCAAGGACUUCAAAUCAGAUCCUCGCUUCACGUAUUAUGAAAAGGAUCCCUGUGUCCCGAAUCCUUGUUUGUCUGGGGGUACGUGUUAUAGGAAUAACAGCAACAAGGAAUUUCUGUGUAGCUGUGCGCCAAGGCACAAAGGAUCGCUCUGUGAAAUAGAGCCCCUUGGAUKGUMUUCGAAAAGGCCUGGMAAAUCUUGUAAGGACAUCAAGUCAAACGGUGACGGAUUGUAUGAUGGGAAAUACUGGAUUGAUCCAGAGAAUUCUGGAAAUGCUAUGCAGGUUUACUGYGAUAUGAGCCACGAGRAGGGUGGAUGGCUACUCGUCACAAAUGUCAUCAUUCCAGAUCCUGCCAGUACUCCUUCUCUGACAAAUAAGGUCACUUAUCGAGACAUUUCCGAMUACAACRAUAACAAAACAGUCSUAAAAGCUUCUGCAUUGGGCCAACUUCAUAGCCACAUCAAUUUCACCCAGCUCAGAUUUCAAUGUCGACAAAAAAGCGUUGGYCGAACCGUUCACGUUAUUACAGAACCAAACUCMGAAGGCUACAAGGUCGUUAAAUUCUACACUGCAGCAUCUGAUACCAGACCUCAAGCCUGCAACUCAUUUUAUCGAGGUACUGGGGACAGUUCAUAUCUCGCUGUCCAAUGUAAUGGRUGGUCAGGUAAAAAGUGGGGUUCGGCAACAAGAUUGAACGAUGUGAGACUUAAUGAUCACACUUUUUAUGUACCUARCAAGUACCAUUGGCAAACGUACAAUAGUCGAUUAGAAUGUGAUGCAGCUUACAAAGCUUUAAGUCCAGGCGAUUACUGGAAAAUAUUUGUGCGCUAGGUCAACCUAAACACACCUUAGUGAACCUUCUUGAUGAACCUCCUAUUGAAAAAUCCAUCAAAUCGUUGCAUACCUAGAACAUGUACAUUACUUACAGUUUGCAUGUAUGUAGAGCAUUGUAAUGUCUGGCGGAGUGACUGGCAUUGUUUCAUAUUCUUCUUUGCGACCAUAUGGUAAUUAACAGCAAUAGUCCCCUUCACGGUUCCCUGCGCCAUCUUGAAAGGUAGCCGUGCCUUUGCAUCGAAGCGAGACGACCGU